UAGAGCUGUUUAUUGUCAUACUUUCCAGACAUAGUGCACUUUUAAUAAGUCAUAUUAGAUUGUACAGCUCAAAAGCCCUGGAGUCCUUGAGAGACACAUUCCACUUUUAUAUAUUGUCUUUGGGGGUGUGUCACUGGGAGGACCAUCACCACCCUUCCCCUUAAGCUCAUCCUCAGCUGUAAGCAGAAUUAAUAGAGCUGUUAAGACUGUUAAAGCUGCUUCUUCCUUCUCAUAUUGUCCUGGAACUUGAACAUAUCUUGAAAAAAUCUUUUAAAAAAUGGGUUGCGUGCAGAGCUUUAGGGAGCUGUGUGACGGCCCUAAAAAUACAAAUGUGAGAAUUAGUUUUCCAGCUGUUUGCUUCGUGUGGCAAAUAGCAAUGAUUAUUCUGUUUGGUGUUUUUAUCCGGUACGAUGAGGAGUCGGACCCACACUGGGUAGAGCACAAGAAAGCCCAUAAUAUUUCAAGUGACAUUGAGAAUGACUUCUACUUCAGAUAUCCAAGUUUCCAGGAUGUCCACGUGAUGAUCUUCGUUGGAUUCGGUUUCUUGAUGACGUUCCUGAAGAGAUACAGUUUUGGUGCCGUGGGGUUUAACUUCCUGAUCGCGGCUUUCGGACUCCAGUGGGCGCUUCUGAUGCAGGGCUGGUUCCACUCCUUGGACUACACCGAUGGAAAAAUCAAAAUAGGAGUCGAAAAUUUGAUCAACGCAGACUUUUGUGUGGCUGGGUGUCUGAUCGCCUAUGGAGCCGUGCUGGGUAAAGUCAGUCCAGUCCAGCUCAUGGUCCUCACUCUGUUUGGAAUCACCCUGUUUGCUGUGGAAGAAUACAUCAUCCUCAGUCUCAUUCAUGCCAGAGACGCUGGCGGCUCCAUGGUCAUCCACACUUUUGGAGGUUAUUAUGGACUCUCCGUCUCAUGGAUGCUUUACCGACCGAACCUGGACCAGAGCAGCCGUCUGCAGGGCUCCGUCUACCACUCUGAUGUUUUUGCCAUGAUUGGUACCCUUUUCUUGUGGAUGUUCUGGCCGAGCUUCAACUCAGCCAUCACUGACCAUGGGGACGGUCAACACAGAGCAGCUAUCAACACAUAUUUAGCUUUAGCCUCAACUGUACUCACAACUAUGGCCAUCUCCAGUCUCUUCCAAAAGCAUGGAAAAUUAGACAUGGUUCACAUCCAGAACUCGACUCUCGCUGGAGGCGUCGCUGUGGGGACGGCGGCUGAGUUCAUGCUGAUGCCCUACGGCUCCCUCAUCGUCGGGUUCUGCUGUGGAAUCAUCUCGACACUGGGCUACAUCUACCUCACUCCUUUCAUGGAGAAGCAUCUUAAAAUCCAAGACACAUGUGGAAUCCAUAAUCUCCAUGCCAUGCCUGGACUCAUUGGGGGAAUUGUAGGAGCCAUCACAGCUGCAGCCGCAUCUGAGUCUGUCUACGGUCACGAAGGACUGAUUAACACCUUUGACUUUGAGGGUGCCUACAAAAACAUGCCGCCCACUAAACAGGGAGGGCAUCAGGCGGCGGGCAUCUGUGUGGCUGUCUGCUUUGGUAUCGGAGGAGGAAUCAUUGUUGGGUGUAUUCUACGUUUACCCAUCUGGGGAGAUCCUGCUGAUGACAACUGCUUUGAUGACGAGCCGUACUGGGAGGUACCAGAAGAUGAAGAAAGCAUUCCACCUAUCUUGCAGUACAACAACCACAUGAGGAACAAAGAUAUAGUGGAGUCAAAUUUUAGCAUGGAACAGAACUGACACAUUUCUUACCUAAAUGUUGAAGUGAAAAAGUUAAUUUCAGUAUUUGCACAAAAUUCUUAAUC